GCUCAAAACUAUCUUAAGCCUCUGGACUCCGACUCCGACUCCGACUCCUAUUCCUCCAUGCCUCACCAGCCAAUCGAACCCCACGGCCGCGGCCAAAACCCUAACCCUAACCCUAACAUGCCGCCGGCGCUGCUCUGCCUGUCGUUCUUCCGCGAUAACGGGUGCUUCGCGGCGGGUAUGGACCGCGGCUUCCGGAUCUUCAGCUGCGACCCGUUCCGCGAGAUCAUCCGCCGAGAGGUCGACGUAGGGGGAAUCUCCGUCGUCGAUAUGCACUUCCAGUACACGAUCAUGGCCCUCGUAGGCGGCGGGCCCCACCCGAUGUACCCGCCCAAUAAGGUCAUUUUGUGGGACGGCAACCAGGGCCGGUGCAUCGGCGAGCUCUCGUUCCGGACCGAGGUCCGGUCCGUCCGGUUCCACCGAGACCGGGUCGUCGUCGUUUUGGAGCACAAGGUGUACGUGUACAACCUCGCGGACCUGAAGCUGCUCCACCAGAUAGAGACCAUCUCGAACCCUAAGGGCCUCUGCGCGGUCUCGCAGUUGGCUGGGUCGCUGGUUCUGGUCUGCCCCGGGUUACAUAAGGGCCAGGUUCGGGUCGAGCACUUCGCGCCGAAGAAGACCAAGUUCAUCAUGGCGCACGACUCGGGGAUCGCAUGCUUUGCACUUAACCCGGACGGCCUGUUUCUCGCGACUGCGAGCUCUAAGGGGACUCUGGUCCGGGUUUUCAAUACUGUCGAUGGAGCACUGCUUCGCGAGGUAAGGAGGGGUGCAGAUAGAGCAGGCAUCUACAGUUUGGCAUUCUCUGCAACUGGCCAGUGGUUAGCAGCCUCAAGUGACAAGGGGACUGUCCACGUUUUCGGCCUUAACUUUAAUACUAAAUCGCCGGGGAAUGACAAUUCGCAAUGUGCAUCUGGUUCUAAUCUUGCUGUUACACAACCAAGAUCAUUUCGCUCUAUUGUUAGAGGAGUGUUGCCCAAGUACUUUAGCUCAGAGUGGUCAGUUGCCCAGUUUCGCUUGCCUGAGGGUUCUCAUUGCAUUGUUGCUUUUGGUCAUCAAAAGAAUACAGUGGCAAUACUUGGCAUGGAUGGAAGCUUCUAUCGAUGUGAAUUUGACCCAGCAAAUGGAGGAGAGAUGACACAGCUGGAAUAUCACAACUUUCUGAAGCCAGAAGAAGCCUUUUGAUACUGCGUAUAAAAUAUUUCUUGGAAGUGGCCGGGCAUGUUUGAAAAAUAUGUAAUGAUUCUUGAAUUGCAUAAUCGUCUUGAAACACAUCGGUAUUGCUCCCGCCAUGGACGGCUCUUGUCGACCCUGAAUUGAUCACCCAAUGAGAGCCCGAGAUUUAGCUCAA